AUGGCAGAGCCCGGUAAUCGCAUAAAACUUAAAACUUUACAGUCAGAGGUUCAAUUCCUCUUCUUAACAACAUACCCAUGGCCAACCUCCUACUCCUCAUUGUACCCAUUCUAAUCGCAAUGGCAUUCCUAAUGCUUACCGAACGAAAAAUUCUAGGCCAUAUACAACUACGCAAAGGCCCCAACGUUGUAGGCCCCUACGGGCUACUACAACCCUUCGCUGACGCCAUAAAACUCUUCACCAAAGAGCCCCUAAAACCCGCCACAUCUACCAUCACCCUCUACAUCACCGCCCCGACCUUAGCUCUCACCAUCGCUCUUCUACUAUGA